GUUGCACAGUAAAGCUCUACCAGAUGCUUCUCCCUUUCACUACGCUGCAAGAGGAGAGAGGGGAGAGUAUCCAGAGGUUAGAGCGGUUUCAAGACUAUUUCUGCUUGUUGGAAGAAGAAUGAAAAGAAAAAUAAUACAUUGGAUGUCUCCUGAGUGGAUGUAAUUUAUUGCCCACAAGUCACUGUUGGACUCAAAUUAAGACAAAAGUCGUGAGCAUGGACAUCGGUGGUUUGGAGACAGUGGUGGCCAACUCGGCCUACGUGUCGGCCAGAGGAAGUGUCGAUGGUGCAGCAGCCGCCUCCUUGCGUGACAAGAAAAUGCGAGCAAGGCUGAAACUCCCACAUAUCAGAGAUUGUCAACACAUGAAUACGUCAGUUGAUACCACCUUUGACAGCAUAUGCAUCAAACAGCCCAUCGGCAAGCGGCUCUUCCAACAGUUUCUGGAGAGCGAAGCCACCUACCAGAGUGCUGGUGAGCUGUGGAAGGACAUCGAAGACUAUGUCAUAUGCCAAGAAAAGGACAGAGCUCAAAAGGCCCAAAAGAUUGUCAAUAAAUACUACGAGUCAACAUCAAAGAAUUUCUGCAGCUUCUUAGAAGAGAAGGCCAUUGCUAGAGUGAAGGAGGACUUCAAAAAUGUUCACGGGGACUUGUUUAAAGAAAGUGAGAAACAGCUCCUCAACCACCUGGAGAAGAAGGCCUUGGACGGCUUCAAGCAGAGCAUGUACUUCCUGCGUUUUGUUCAGUUCAAGUGGUUGGAGGGCCAGCCUGUUGACGAGGAGUGGUUCAUGGACUUCAGGGUCCUCGGCAAAGGAGGUUUCGGGGAAGUGUAUGCCUGUCAGGCGAAGGCUACGGGUAAAAUGUACGCCAAUAAAAAGCUGGAUAAAAAAAGGCUGAAGAAACGCAAAGGCUAUGAGGGUGCAAUCGUGGAGAAGCGCAUCCUUGCAAAAGUCCACAGUCGCUUCAUUGUGACAUUGGCCUAUGCCUUCCAGACCAAGACUGACCUCUGCCUGGUUAUGACCAUCAUGAAUGGUGGGGAUCUCAGGUUUCAUAUGUACAACGUGGAUGAAAAGAACCCUGGUUUCAAUGAGAAGAGAGCGUGUUUCUACACAGCGCAGGUCAUCUGUGGACUGGAGCACCUUCACCAGCACAGGAUCAUCUACAGAGACCUGAAGCCAGAGAAUAUACUGCUAGAUGAUGCAGGACAUGUUCGCUUGUCAGAUUUGGGCUUGGCUGUUGAACUUCCACCAGGAAAAGACACAACUACUGGCUAUGCAGGAACUCCCGGUUUCAUGGCUCCAGAGCUGCUCCAGAAGAAAGAAUAUGACUACACUGUUGAUUAUUUUACUUUGGGAGUUACUCUGUUUGAGAUGAUUGCAGCCAAAGGGCCCUUCAGAGCACGAGGAGAGACGGUAGAGAAUGACGAGGUGACUCGCAGAAUCUUGAAUGAUCCUGCUCCGUAUACACCCAACUUUAGCAAAGAAUGCAAAGAUAUUUGUGAAGGCUUGAUGGAAAAGGAUCCCGGAAAACGCCUUGGCUUCAAGAAUAAUGAGUGUGCAGAACUAAAAAACAAUCCCUUCUUCAAAGACAUCAAUUGGGCCCGUCUGGAAGCUGGCAUGCUGCCUCCACCAUUUGUCCCUGACCCCAAGGCGGUCUACGCCAAAGAUAUCGAUGACGUGGGCGCCUUCAGCACAAUCAAAGGCGUGGUCAUGGAUAACAAGGACACAGAGUUCUUCACUGACUUCGCCUCGGGCAACGUUCCUAUCCCCUGGCAAGAGGAGAUGAUUGAAACAGGAGUGUUCGGGGAGCUGAAUAUAUGGGCUGAGAAUGGAAAGCUGCCUAAUGACCUUGACCCAAACUAUGUGGAAUCCAAAGGUGGAGGAUGUGUGAUCCUCUAAAGUACAACACAGCGUGGGAGGGGGGGACAAAUUAAGGAAGAUUUAACUAAUUAACUAGGGAACCACAAACAUGAAUCAAUUACUACUUUAACUUUUACUUCAUAAGAAUGGCUAAGAACGCUGACAUCAUAUUAUGGAAUUACAAGAAAAAAAAAGAAAAGAACGAAGCCAGAACCAGAACAAAAACAAGGCAGGAACGGAUGAAACUGCUGAUGACCCAAUAUGUAUUCUUGUGUUUAUUAUAGAUCCCUUUUUGUGUGUGCAUACACCCUUUCACAAGGCCAUCUGCAGAUAAUCAAGUCAAAGUCAAAGAGAAAAAUGGUAAUGAUAACCAUAGAACUAAAAAAAAAAAACUUACCAAAAGUAGAACUCAAAGGUAAGGUAAGCUAAUUUACUACUUUACUCACAGUUUCUGAAGCAGUGUUUCGUUUUUUUUGGUUAUUUAUUUGGCGACAUAAGACAAGGCAAAACGUUAGCUCCAGAUCACAGUAAGCUGCUCCUAAAAAAAUUCAGUAAAUAAACGAAUACAAAUCAAUUGAAAAAAAUCCUGUGAUUUUAGUUAAUAACGCGUUUUAGGUAAAUAAUUGUUAUAGUGACGUAUUGUUUAACUACAAUAGUUCUGUAUAUACUGUAUAUUUUAAUAAUGUAUCACAUAAAAUGUACACAAUAUUUACAGUUCUUCAGCAGAAAUCAAACUUGUGGUUUUAAUGUAACAUAUUGCAUCUGUAGACUAAACUAUGUACUUAAUGCAUAAUGCAUACUAUUGUCAUCGUUUUAUUUAUUUCAUGCAAAUACCAUAGCUAGGACUGCAGUUAAUAAAAUAUU